ACGAGGAAAUCGAUCGUCGAUUUAUGCAAGAGUCUUAUCUCCGCCGGCCGCGUUAAUUAGAUAAAUCGCGCGAUACCAGUAGUGCGGAGCGUCAGUUAUCCGUUCGAUAUCGGCCGAGUAGCAAGUCAGCGUCCGAGGGAAGCAAUCAGUGCAAAGAGCCGUCUGGAGCUUAUAUAAGGAGCCGUGCGAAAACGCGGAGUCGCAGAGCGCGGACUGCUGUACUUGGCAAUUUACGAGUAUACCUUACAGAGUAAGAUGAAGGGUCAGAAGCGGCUGGCUUGGAACGGCCUCGUUCUCUUCAGUUGCAUCGCGAUUUCGCAGGCAGCUUUUCUCGACGUCGUCAAGAAGCCGAAGGAUCUCAUUACUCAUGGGCUGACGGGCAUAGUUGGGGAUGUAAUCGAGGCAAAAAAUAACCUGACCGACAAGCUGAACCAUGUGUCUCCCAACAUUUUGGGCCCGAUCGCCGAUGCCCUCGAUCCGGACUGGCUAAUAGGCAUAAAUUACACGAGGUGGGCGAUGGACCUGGACGAUGCGUUGACCGAGGGGGACACGACUCUCUGGGUCAAGAGGGUCAGCAAGAUGUUCGACGUGCCGCGCGUGAUCGAGGAGAUGAAAACGUCGAAGCAGUCGAAGGCCACGUGCCUGGCUUGCAAAUUCGCCGUCAACUUGGGCCGCUCCAUGAUAAAGAGCGGCAAAAGCGACGAGGAAGUCUUGGCCCUCGUCGGUCAGGUCUGCACUACCCUCAAUAUCCAGAGCAAGAGGGUCUGCGAAGGCGUGAUGGCCCUCAUAGGCGUGGACGUAGUGGAGGCGGUCAAGAAGUCGGACAUGCGGCCAGCCCAGGUCUGCAGCUUCCUCCUCGGCGACGCCUGCCUCAACGGCUACGACGCGCGCCACGACUGGAAGCUGAACAUCCAGAUGAAGGAUCACGCGUUGAGCCACCCGACUAGUCCGCCCCCGAAAGACGCGCCACUGAUAAAGAUUCUCCAGAUCUCCGACACGCAUUUCGACCCCUAUUACGAGGAGGGCGCGAACGCCGAGUGCGGCGAGCCUCUCUGCUGUCGCGGCACGGACGGGGAGCCCAAGUCGAAGGAGGCUGCCGCCGGAAAGUGGGGCGAUUACAGGAAGUGCGACGCGCCGCUGCACCUGAUCGAGAACGCGCUGAAGCACAUCUCCGAGACGCACAAGGACAUCGACUACGUCUACUGGACCGGGGACCUUCCGCCACACGACAUCUGGAAUCAAAGCCGAGAAGAGAACCUCAUGAAUCUGCGGACCAACGCCGCCCUGAUGGACAAGUACUUCAAGGGUGUGCCCAUCUUGCCUUCGGUCGGGAAUCACGAGAGCUGCCCGGUCGACAGUUUUGCGCCAGCAGGGAGCCCCUCGCGAAAGAGCAUGUCGUGGCUGUACGACGAGCUCGACAAGGAGUGGAGCCGCUGGUUGCCGGCCAGCUGCUCGGAGAGCAUCCGGAGGGGCGCGUUCUACUCGCUCCUGCUGAAGCCCGGCUUCCGAGUCAUCUCGGUCAACGGCAACUACUGCAGCCGGAACAACUUCUUUCUGCUGUGGAACAGCACCGAUCCCCUGGGCGAGCUCGGCUGGCUGGAGCGCGAGCUCGCGGCCGCCGAGGCCAGCGGCGAGAGGGUCCACGUAAUCGGGCACGUGCCGCCGGGCGGGCCAGACUGCUUGAAAGUUUGGUCGAGGAAUUACUACGAGAUUAUCAGCAGAUACGAGGGGACUGUGAUGGCGCAGUUCUUCGGCCACACUCACUUUGACGAAUUCGAGGUCUUCUACGACGCGAAGACGUUGAAGCGCCCGCUGGGCGUCGGCUACAUCUCGCCCUCGCUGACGCCUUGGGAGAACGUCAACCCUGCCUACAGGAUAUACUACGUGGACGGGGACCGGCCGCAGAGCAGCAGGGUCAUCGUGGAUCACGAGACGUGGAAGAUGAACCUCGACGAGGCCAACCAGAACGACAACCCGGUUUGGUACAAAGCCUACAACGCGAGGAGCGCUUACAACAUGUCGUCGCUGCUGCCGCAGGACUGGGACGAUCUCAUCAGGAGAAUGACCACCGACCGGGACCUCUUCGAGACCUAUCACAGGAACUACUACCGCAACUCGCCAGUCAGGCCCAAGUGCGACGACCGGUGCAGGAGAAAGUUGUUGUGCGACUUGCGCAGCGGCAGGAGUCACGACCGGGACAACCUCUGCCACGACUUGUAGGACAGAGACGAGCGCAGCGAUAAUUGUACUGAAAGGCAGAAGAAGCAGCUUGACAAAUACACGAUCAACCCCAG